AUGGCACAGUUACAGGCAUUAUUCAAUGAGGCUUUAGAGCCGCUCCCGCCGAUCGAGGACCCCAGCUUCGCAUCCUAUUUCGACACCUUUGCCGAUAAACAAGUGGUUCUUCUCGGGGAUGGUAGUCACGGUACAUCCGAAUUUUAUGCUGCGCGUGCGGAGAUUACAAAACGGAUGAUUGAACAACAUGGCUAUACUAUAGUCGCUGUUGAAGCAGAUUGGCCAGACGCGGAAGCUAUCGACAGAUACGUGCGCUUGAGACCUGGUCCCCAGGCCCAAAUUGGUGGAAAGGCAAAAGGUUUCGAGCCUUUCAAACGAUUCCCGACCUGGAUGUGGCGCAACCGCGAGAUGCAAGAUCUUGUCGAGUGGAUGCGCGACUGGAAUAACUCUCAACCACCUGAAAAGCGGGCUGGAUUUUAUGGGUUGGAUCUCUACAGCAUGGGAACCUCAAUUCGUGCCGUGACGGAGUACCUUGACCGCGUGGACCCGUCAGCAAGUAGGGAGGCACGAAGACGAUACGGAUGUUUGGAGCCAUGGGUCGACGAUCCGACGGCCUACGGCCUGGCCUCGAUACGCGGUUUGGAAAGUUGCGAAUCUCAAGUCAUGGCAAUUUUGCGCGACCUUCUCAACAACCGUUUGCAAUACUUAGAAAGUGACCCCCAUGAUGGCGAGGAGUUUCAGAGUAGCAAGCAGAACGCCUACCUUGUCCGUGAUGCCGAGAAAUAUUAUAAGGCAAUGUACUGGAGCUCAGCAACUUCGUGGACACUUCGUGACACGCACAUGUUUGACACACUGCAUCGAAUUCUACAGCAUCGUCCACCGCCAGCUAACAAGGCUAUCGUUUGGGCGCAUAAUUCUCAUGUCGGAGAUGCCAGGUACACGAGCAUGGGUAUCCGCCGCAACGAAGUGAACAUUGGUCAGCUCUGUCGCGAAAGACUGGGCCAUGAAAAUGUUGCCAUUCUCGGAUGUGGCACUCAUUCCGGUACUGUUGCUGCCGCGCAUGAAUGGGAUGAUGAUAUGGAAGUAAUGUCCGUGAAUCCCUCCAGGCCUGAUAGCUGGGAAAUAGUGGCACAUAACACUGGCGUACCAAGGUUUAUUCUUGAUCUGCGACGCGAACGCAUUGAUCCUAGUCUCCGCGCUGCUCUUUCUGCGGAAAACCGAUUGGAGCGAUUCAUUGGUGUCAUAUAUCGCCCGGACACCGAGAGAAUCUCCCAUUACUCCCAGGCACAACUUCACAAGCAGUUCGAUGGGUAUAUUUGGUUCGAUGAAACCCAAGCUGUUCAGCCCCUAGAGAUCAUUCAACCCGUCACAGCCCUUGGAAAGGAAGAAACCUACCCAUUUGGUCUUUAA